CAUUCCAAUCAAAAACUGUCAUUUUCCCUACCUACGUUCACGGUUUUCUAAAAAGCUAUGGCUCAACAGCUCUCGCCGUUUUUCCGCUCGCCCUGGACAGACUUGACGGGCGGGCUGGUCUCCCACCAGCUCUUCGGACGCUGCGCUACCAUGGAAAUGGACAUGAUGGAUUGCCUGGAGGCGUACGGGCUGGACCGCGGCAUGAGAAAGUGCAAGGACCUGAUAGAAGAGUUCAAGGAAUGUCAUACGUUGACGUUACAGUUUAAGAGGUUCUUUGCGAUGCGAGCCGAACGUGAACGGCAAAUAGCCGAGGGAAAACUGAAAGGAGAAUGCCGAUAUGUGACUCCUAAGUUAGACAGUUACUGAGUUUUGAAGAAUACGGACCCCAAUCUUUAUUUAUUUAGGUAUUUCGCUCAGAGUUUUACGGAAAUAUACGGGUAUGUGUAAAAGUA